CUGCCCGAAUCAACCUUCCCCCUCCUCAUCAAAUUUUCGACCAACCUGGAGGAGGUUGACUCAAGAAAGUGGCAAAGUCUGUCUUUACUCAGUGAGCAUAGGAGCACAAACAGCCUCCAGAUCAAAUCUAGACAUCCAACGGAAAGGAUCUCUUGGACUUUAAUUUAAUUUGACGUCGAGUGCCAACCAUGUAACACAUUUCUUUUGUUAGUUGAUCCUCGCCGGGUGAGUUGAAAACUAGUGAGCGUCUUGAAGAGAAAACGUCUCCCAUUAAAAUGCCGUUUCUGUCUUGAUUAAUUGGCUAAAAUGUCACGUUUGUGGUUGUGGGCCCUCCUUGGUGGUGUAUGGCCAUUGUGCCAUGCCUACGAUGUUACACCCAUUGAGGUUCUCGUGUCCCAAGCCUUAGAGGCAAAAAUGUUUGAAUUCACCAAGAUGUUGGGACAAGGAGUCCUCGUCAAAUUGGAUCGGAAUCAUAACGACACUUUAGUGCUGGUCAAGCACCAGGGAAAGAAUGUGCUCUCAAAGUUCCUUUACAAUGAAGCCCAGGGCUUGAGGCGGUAUACCAACCCUCAAGAGCUAUUAGCACAGAGUCUGGCCUUGAAGGAGAAAUAUCAAAGCAAUUCAACUACUCCAACCACAGUCAAACCUGAGGCUCACGUGGAACAGCCUCUGGUUAGUUCCGGUCACGCCAACGCCAAGGAGAAACUGGAGUGGUUGUGGGAAAGAGAAAAUCCCGGGAUUGUUCAGGGUGACGCAACAACGCCAAGGCCCAGUUUUGAAAAUGCCGCACAACUUUUGGAACGGAGAAGACCUUACGUGCCUUUACGCCGGGUCAUUGAAAGUGGCGGCUAUUUUCCUCCCAGGAAUCGGCACUCUCGAUCCGUGUCGGACAGGGAUUCAAGAGAUUUGAUUUAUGAGCGCAUGAAGAUGAGGACCGGCAAUUUCAAGUCCCAAACUCAUGAUAUGGAUGAACCCGUUGGUGGUGGGAUCCUGGAGAAAAGACUCUUCAAUAUGGGAGAAGCGACGGAUCUAUUGAACUCCACGGAGUUGGAUCAAGAUUUGGCGGAGAGCCGCGAAAAUGGAAGACCGUCUUCGCCUGCCGCGGCAGCCAUGAUGCAACUUUUAAUGAGUAUGAAAUCAGAAACCAGAGAAAUGCAGUGUUGUGAUGACAUCCAGUUGGUUUCUACAGGAGGAGUCUUGGAGUGUCACCCUUAUGCAAUGGGUCGUUACCGCAAAAUUGGAUCUUGUGGCGGAAGAUCCUUUUAUCAGCACAAUAAUAACACGGAUAUUUUUCUUUACUAUGCUUGCGGUGCGUGGUACGUUGGCAUGGAGGUUGGGUCUUGCGGGGGUUGGAUCUUGGCUAAAUCUGUGGAGCUUUGUUCCACUGCCGAGCAUCAAGAUCCAUGGAAAUUUUACAACAACGGCCAACUAGAACACGAUCCCUCGUUUCACGCUAUGGAACUUUGCCAGUUUUACGAUGACUUCAGGCCAUUACCUUCACCGCAGACACCGAUAACCCAGGGCUUUCCUGUUCAACAUCAAUUUCCCAAUAGUUUCGGCCAAAUCAAUCAACCACAACCAAGCAAUAAUGAUCGCCAUGACAUGUACCAGCCCAAUGACUCGUGGCAAAAACUGUCCGAGAAAUUGAAACAAGAAACCAUUAAACACGAACAUUACCAUUACCAUGUCGACGUAAAAGACGACGAGGCUGGGCAAAAAGGGUAUAAGCCGAUUGUGAAUGGUUACCACAACCAACAACAAUCUCAAACUUCUUGGACCAACAAUCAGAGGUAUCAGAGCUCAAAGCCCACAUCUUCCAAUCCUAUGCCUCCACCACGUGUUCCAUCGGCUGGAUUGGACAUGAACUCAAUGCUCAACUUGCAAAAUAACCAACUCUUGAACGACUUCAUUAAGAAGCAGGAACUGUAUCAACAAGGUCAAUCUAGCCCGAAACCUAAUAGCUUCUCUCCCUCCGGACAAGCUUCAACGCCGAUAUCCAUCAAUGGUGAGGAAAUUCAGAGCCCUAACCAACAAUCGAUCAUGAUCAACAACUUUCACGUGCCAACCCAAGGCCCAUCAAAGACUUCGGCCCGACCUUAUCUAGUGGAACCAAUGAACGCUUACAAUCCUCCCAGCACAACGCCUCUGAGGCCAUCCUCGGCGACAGACUCACAUACCCAAAUGGUGAGCUACAUUGUGAAGAAGAAGAAAGCCCCCAUGGAAGUCAAGAUUUCGUCGGAUGCCAUCUUGCUCUCACAUCAUGGACGAGACCAAGAAAACCUUAAGCAAUCCAAUGGCUAUCAACGACCUUCGAACCCGGUUUACACACGCAUUGGCUAUCAAGGUAGAUCGAGAGAUUCUGACAUUGAAGAUGCAUCGUCAUCCGAAAGCGAUCCGAUUUCUGAAAGUUGACGGUGUUUGUGUAUUCCGAGGCGAAUAAAUAAACUAAAUAGAAAAUGCU